UAGGUGCAGGCAAAUGUCUUACAAUCCUGUCUGUCUCCAGAGUGUCGCAAAAUUCGAAUUGAAAAAUAUGCGACAUAAUUUCAACCUAGUGUGAAAAUUAGGUCCACCAACUAAUAGUAGUGUUCCAACUUUAACCAAUUCUAUAUCAUAAAACGUAUCCUUAGUGAUUGCUGUACCUCCAAGAAUGAAGCUCUCAUUGAUACCAUUAUUUGGUAUUUUUUGUAGCGUAAUAAGUUUGGUACAAGCCGUUAGUUAUGAUGCAGCCUUCAACAAGGAAUUGAUUCAUUAUAAUCAUUAUCAAUUCGACAAUGACAAGUAUGAAAUAAUUGAUGCUAAUAAUGUCAUUGGAUUUAAUGGUUUGAAUCAAUUUGUUAGUAUUGCCACCGAUGGAAAUGUCAAUUGGAUUAUAGAGGAUAUUAAUCAAUUUAAUCAAUUUAAAGUUGUUGGAACUUAUAUUUAUUUAUAUUCCGAUAUAUCCUCAUCUAUUACCAUUUUGGAAUUAAAUUCAGGAGUUUUAGUAAAGACUAUAAGAGCAAAUUCAAGCAAAUUUGAUAUUAUAAAUUUCUUUGAUACUGGAGCUUUAUUAUUAAAUCAGGAUGGAACACUCUUGUAUAUUGAUGAUGACAAACAAGAAGUUAUCGACCAACUUUCUUUAAAGAAUUCUAUAGGGUCAACUCAUUAUGAGCAAUUGAAUGGAUUUGCCUAUCUCAUAAUCGAUAGAAACUAUCUUAUUAAAUUAGAUUCCAACAAGUCAAUCUUAAAUAAAGUCAGAUUGAAUUUAGCAAAUAUAAAAGAAUUUAAAGAUUUGACCAUUAUAGAUGAUCUUGGUAAUAUUUCCAUAGUAAGUGAUAUAGAUAAUGAAAUUAUUGUUAAAAAUAUUGAAUUAUCUAUUGGUGGUUUACAUAUAAUUAAUGCUAAAUAUUAUUACAAUAUUGAAGGUAAUAACAAAUUGGUAUUAUAUACCCUCAAAAAUGAUCAAUUUGAAAAAGUUUGGGAGAAAUCAAUUAUCAAUACUGAAAUUGAUGAUGUUAAGGCUAUUUCAUAUGGAUUAAGUGAUUACUUAAUAAUUCUGAAAUCUAAUGGAUCUAAGGAAGUACUUGAUUUAACUGAUUUCUUAGAUCUUGAUGAUACAUCUAGUAUAAAGGAAAUCAAAAUUAAAGUAUCUGAUAUUCCAAAUAGAAUUGAUAUUAUUACAUCUUUUGAAAAUGUAAUUCAAUUGGUAAGUGUUAAUAAUAAUCUUGAUGGUAAUAUUUAUGAUUUACAAGAUGGAAGUCAAAUUAAAUCUUUCAAGAAUUCAGAAUCUCAGCUUUUAAUUAAUAAUGAUAUUUAUUUAAUCAUUGAUAAACCAGCUUCAAAAAAUGCCAUUAAUGAAGUUAAUAAUUUAUUACAUGAAGAAUCAACUUUACUCUUGAAGAAUUGGAUUAAAAGAGCAAUUAGACAUUUAAGUCAAUUAGGAAGGUAUGUAACUUCAUUCAUUACUUCUUCACAUACUGAUGUUCUUUCUGAAAUUGAAGAUGAUACAGGUCUUACCAAAUAUGUUUUACUUUACGAUAAUGGAUCUAAAUCAAUUAUAGCAAUUAAUUCUAGUACAGGUAAAUUUGAAUGGAAAGCAUCUGUAUCUGAAGCUCCAAAGAAAUUUCUUCAAGUAAAUGAUAAUAUAAUUGCACUUUUCAGUACUUCUAUUAUUGAAAUUGAUCCAUUAGAUGGUUCAUUGGUAUCUAGAACCCCUGUUGAAGAUGCAGUAAGUAUCACUUUGGCACGAGGAAAUGCUAAAAAGGAUACUUUUAUAAUUGAGAAAUCAAAUUCUUUUGAAGCAAUUUCUCCUAUUGCUCAAGAUGCAUUUGCAUUUAAAUCAAAUAGUGAAAAAGUUCAAGGUCAUAAAUUAGUUCAUGGUGGAAGUAAAUCAUCAAUUCAAACUUGGACUUUUCAACCAAAAGGUGAGAAAAUUCUUGAUGCUAUUAGUAAAGAUUGGAAUUCAGUUACUGCAUCGAUUGGAACUCCAUUGGCUGAUAAAUCUAUUUUAUAUAAAUAUUUAAAUCCUAAUGUGAUUGCAAUUUUGACUGAAACUGAUCAAAAACAAUUAAAAUUAUAUCUUAUUGAUGGAAUAUUAGGAACUGUUCUUGAAAUAUUUGAACAUACAAUUAAUGAAGUAAUUGAUUUUUCCAGUAUUAAUUUAAUAAUUGAUGAUAAUUGGGUAAUCUAUUCUUAUUUUGUAAAGGCACCAAAAUUAGAACAAAGAAUUAAUGUUAUUGAUUUAUAUGAUACUGAUAAAUCUAUUAAGAAUGGUCCACAAGUUAUUAUAUCAUCUCAUGAACAAAAUUCUACAAUUAAUUCAUUUACGGAGAAAUCAUUUAUAUUUCCUGAAAGAAUUAUUAAUUUAAGUUCAAGUAAAUCAAGUAAUGGUAUUACUGUAAAAUCCAUUACUGCUUUAACUGAAUCAGGAUAUUUAAUAGAAAUUCCCAAAUAUAUUUUAAAUAGUAGAAGAAUUGAAGAUAGACAAUUAAAUCAAGAAGAUUAUUUAAAUGAUUUUAAACCACUUGCGUAUGAUCCAGUUAUAUCAAUUAGUACUUAUUCAGUAUUAAAUCAUAAACAUAAAUUAAUUACUAAUAAAAAUAUUAAGGGAGAAAUUUUAAUAGUUCCAACUCAUUAUGAAUCAACUUCAGUAAUUUGUUAUAUUAAUAAAUAUAAUUAUUUCUGUUCAUUAAUUCAACCAUCUUCAUCAUUUGAUACUUUAGGAAGUGGAUUUGAAACAGUUAAAUUAUUAUUAACUAUGGCAGCUUUAUUGGCAGUAUACAUUAUUACAAAACCUUUAGUAUCUAAUAAAAAAUUAAAUGAUCAAUGGUUACAUAGUUAGUUAAAAAUUAAAAUUAAAUAAAAAUUAAGUAAUUUAAUAUUAAAAUAUUAUUCAUUAAAAUGUCAUUAUAUAAUCAACUUAUUUAGUUGAAAAUUGACUCGUUACUUUGUAUAUACUGUAUAAAUUCACCAUUUGUAGAUUCGUUAACUCCGAAAACCUGCCAAUUUAAAUUUUGUUUAUAAUCUGUACUGUUAUUAUUGUUAUCAUUAUUAUUAUUUUCAUAUUGAUAAAUUAACCAAAUUAAUUCAUAUGCUAAACUUGAUACAAGAUAUGAUUUUAAUUUGUUAAUUAAGAAAAAUGAUGGUACUAUAU